UGGUAUAAAGGGUUGAAAAAUCUAAGUUUUUGAUAGAAUUAAUUCCAGAAGUUCUUUAGAGGUUUUUUAAAACCCGUCAUUUUUUUUCUUGAUAUGUCCUGUACCAAGUCAGGAAUAUGACAGUUGGUAUCACACAGUCCGUUUCUAUGUAUGUUGAUGUUUGUCUUUGUUGUAGUUCAGUGUUUCUGUUGUUCCGUUGUUUACCUCUUAUAAUUGAUGUGUUUCCUUCGGUUUUAGUUUGUUAUCCGGAUUUGUGUUUGCUUAAUCGAAUUAUGAAUAUUGAACAGCGGUAUACUACUGUUGCCUUUAUUUUAUAGAAUCAGCAAGUGGUUAAUACGCGAGUAAAUAGUUUCGCAGUAUUUCUGAAGACCUUCUUUCACUGCGGACAGAAUUUUUGUCAAUCUAAUGGACAAUGCCUUUGUAGAACAUGCAAAUGAGCCGGCAAUAUACCGUUGUUUGUACGAAAUUUCGUGAAGCUUAAGUAUCCAAUACAAACAAGCUACUUAUACAUUUGAACCGUCUUGGGUUAUUUGGAAUAGAUUUGAAUUUUGUCCGUAAACAUAUACUUCUUUGGAAAUCAAAAUAUUACAACACAAGCGAUAUGGAUACUAAUAAUUACAUUAAUAAAUACGGGAUAUACAAAAACAGGUAUAGUUAAAAUGACGUUUAAUUAUAUUGUGUCAGGGACAGUUCUUAUUUGAGCUGGUGCGUGUUAUGCAUAAAAUAUCACCAAUUGUUUACAAGUUUGUUAUCUAUUAAGCACUCAUCUACGCUAAUGACUCAGUUUGUUGAUAAAUAGAGCACUAACCUAAGUUAUGAAAUUGAGGAAAACCAUUAUGUGGAACAUUUUCUUUUUAAUACUUCUAUGGAUUUUUAUCGCCAAUUACCCAAGAAAUCAGCGAAAAAUGCACACAUUGAAAAUGCAGACGAAAUUAACAAACAGAAGCGCAGAGAAGCGCAUAACAUACAAUGGACGAAACAUUUCAACAGAGUUUGAACAAUAUUAUAAGAACGUAUCAACCGAUAAACUAAUGGACCCUCUCAUUCACAAACAUCGAUAUUGUUCGUUACUUCAUACCACUAGAAAGUGUAAAAAUAAACAUGUAUUCUUGCUAGUUCUUGUUUAUUCAGCUACAUGCAAAUUCGAAGAACGUCAGGUUAUAAGGAAAACAUUUGGAUCUAUUUCAAAAUUUGACAAUAAACAUAUUGAAUAUGUCUUUGUUCUUGGGCAAACCGCGAAUGAUACUCAGCAGAUGGACAUUGAACAGGAAAGUGUCAAAUACAAAGACAUGAUACAAGGAAAUUUUAUAGACAGCUACAGAAAUUUAACAUAUAAACGAGUAUUUAGUUUGUUCUGGGUGAAUAAGUUCUGCAACAAUGUGACUUACGUCUUAAAAAUUGACGAUGAUAUCACCGUUAACAUUCCAUUUCUAAUUCCUUAUCUCAGGGAUAAACAGAACAAAACUUCAGUUUUAGAAUGCUUUUAUCUUAUAGAGGCCGGUCCAUAUCGUGAUCGUCGUUAUAAAUGGUAUUUGUCUCUGUCUGAAUACCCUUUUGCAACGUUUCCUCCUUAUUGUGCAGGACCUUCCUCUAUUAUGUCCGCUGACGUUAUAAGAGAAAUGUAUGAAGCGACAACAAUUAUGCCUUUCUUUUGGCUAGAAGAUGUCUAUGGUGGUGGUUUUUUACCCUGGAUUUCACGUAUAAAAAUAGUUCAUCCGAAGAAUUAUAUAAAAGAUUUGCGGGACAGUUUGAAAGACAAGCCAUGCCAUUUGUUUUACAUAAACAAUUUAAAGAAUACACGUCAUCCAUAUGUUAUGUGGAGCGCUAUAGAAAAAUAUACACAAAACUUUUGUGUAAAUAUAAGUAAGAAAGUGUAAUUUUUUAUGCACGGUUGAAUUCAUCAUAAAUUUUAAUAUUCAUUUAUCAAUUAAUUCAUAUACGUAUUAAAGGAUUUAAUGUUUACCAUCUUAGCUAUUUCAGAGGUCAAAUAAAAGUGCUCCUCUUAAAAUUUCAUCCCUUCCAUACUUAUAUUGUGGCAUUACUCAAUAUUAUGCUUUUCCCAGACGAGUUUUGGCAUCUUUAAGCUUAAUCCGUUGGAUGACUACUGAUGAAUGCUUAAGUCUGCACAAACACGGUAGUAUUUUGAUAGUUUAUUCCAUAUUGAGCUAUUAAGCUACUUUUUUAAGUAAUAAGAGGUUUGAGCACUCACAAACAUGUCAAAUAUAAAUGAAAUAGACACUUUAUGAAUUUCGUGCAUCAGAAGCGUUUUCUGGAUUCACUUUGCCAGGAACGCUCAAACCUGAACAUUUGAUGAGUCUUUCGCAGACGAAACGUGUGGCUAGCGUACAAACUUUAAACCUUGUAUCAAUGAGGAGUUUAUUUACAACCACUGGGUCGAUGCCACUGCUGGGGGGAUUUCCUCCCCGAGAGAAUCGCCAGCCCAGUAGUCAGUAUUUCUGUGUUGACAUGAUGUAGUCAUAAUUAUAAAUCAACUGUUCACAAAACUUUGAAUUUUUCGACAUACUAAGGAUUUUCUAUCCCAGAAAUAGAUUACCUUUAGCAAAACAUUUCGGAUCUUUGGGUCCUCUGUGCUUUUUUAAUCGUUUUUUUCAUAUGCAUAUUGACCAUUGAGGUUCCAAUGUAUAUUGAGACUUAUCAACGGAUUUGUAAUUACGUUGGUAAAAAACGACGAGUUCUACUAAUAGAACAGGACCUGUCUAUCCUUUUGGGGCCCAUGUAUUCACCAAUUACUUUGUUCUUUAGAGGUUGGUAUUCCGUUUGCUUUAGAUAUCAGUGAAUUAUUACGUUUAUUUAUUUUUUUUAACUGUACGUUUUUAUUUUAUACCGUUAAUAUUGGUUAUCCAUAAUUUGUCUUCAAAAACCGCUAUCAUAUUACAAAAUUUCACAUUCGAUUCAAUUUUUAGGAUCAGACAAAAUACAUUCAUCAAUCCGCUUUUGUAUGAUGCGUAAUCUUCUGAUAUGACUCUUUAACUUAUCCAAAUAGAAGUAUAACGACUGGUGUCACUAUUUGGUCAGGAACUGCUUACCCUUUCGAUGGACAUGAGAUCACACUGUUGCUCAAUCUUCAGUUUUCUCUAUAACUAAUUAUUGUUGCUUUUUUCGUCUUUUUGAAUUUCACCAUCUUAUUAUGUCUUGUUUUUCUACGUCUAUGAAUUUUGAAGAAACAAUCACUGUAGUCAAUAUGAAAUUAUUAACACUCUGGAAAAUAAAAGGAAAUAAAAGAAAGUCACAAUAUA